AUGAGAAAUCAAAUCGCUUCUCGUCUUCUCUUCACCCCAAGCAGAACGUUGCGCAACUCAGCCAAUGCCCUCGGUAAGGUUCAAGCACCAAGCAGCAGCACUGCUUCAUCAUCGGCUAGCACUGUUUCGAGUCAGACUGCUUCAUCAUCAGCAAGAAAAAGUGAAGGAGGCCUGCGAAAGGGAGUAGCUGGUAUUUUAACUGGAGCUAUCAUUUUCGGUUCGGCAUACUACUAUAUGAAGGAUAUUAUUGUCCAAGAAUCACAACAAUUAAUUGAAAAAACAAAAAGUAUUGAAUCUUUAAAGACCAAGCGUCAGCUGUUGGAAGAGGAAAAGAGAGAACUCGAAAAAGAACAUCAAGAAUUAUUAAAGAAGAGAGAAAAAGCUCUCCAAUUGCCAGAAGAAAAAGAUCAAGCUGCCCACAAGCUUCUCCUUCUCAAAUUUUACCGUAAUUGGAAUUCUAUCUUUUACGGUGUAAGCUCAGAAAUUGACAGUCAAAAUCAAAAGAAUCAACAAGAACGCAUGAAAUUGAUGAGACGUAGACUCGAAGAUGAGGUUCAAGCAAAAUUUGGUGUGAAAGAAGGCCAAUACAAGAUCAAGACUGUUCAUGAAGAAUAA